CUUUCUAGGACAUAAAUGUACUCUCCAACGUUUUUCUAUUUAAACUCUGAUACACUGUUAUAUAAUUUUCAUUCAUUCCAAGCACACCACUAAAAAGCUAGCUUGCUUGAUCACUCACACUAACUACCUCUUCCACCGACUCUCUCUCUCUCUCCCUUCUUUCCAUCUUUCUCUCUCUUCAAAAACAUUAAACAGAAACACAGAUCAUACUAUUCUUAGGUUUAACAAGAUAAUAAAUUUAUUCAUUAGCAUAUAUACUUAUCAUAAUAUAUAGUAUGUAUAACAACAUGAAUAACAAUAAGACUAUGAUUGAUAUUCAAAGGCAAGAAUCAUUGAAGAGAAGAUGGCAUGACAGCUUCUAUACUAGACUUCUUUCUGCACCACCACAACCACCUACAAACCCUACACCCACGGCUGCGGUUGCGGCCGCGGCGGCGGCAUCUUCACCAUUGAUCAUAGGAAAACCACCCCAUUUCCUUCAACCAGGAAGGUUGGACGGCGGUGGCGGCGGUGGUGGUGGUGAUCUGUACCAAAAUGUGGUGCCGCCGGUGACGGUGGUGCUGGAAGGGCGGUCGAUCUGCCAACGUGUGAACUUGCAGCAACAUGCUAACUAUGAGAGUUUAGCCAAGGCUUUAAGACAAAUGUUUAUGGAUAUGAUAAAUAUUCAACAAAAUCAUGAGGAUGAAAGUGAUAAUGGUUCACAUCAACUUGAUUUAUCUAAUGCUCUUCCUGGUUAUCUUGUUGCUUAUGAAGAUAUGGAAAAUGAUCUUCUUCUUGCUGGUGAUCUUCACUGGAAGGAUUUUGUGCGAGUGGCAAAAAGAAUUAGGAUACUACCGGUGAAGUCAAGUUCAAGGAAGCAAAGGAGCACAAAACACUAGUAAUAUACUUCAUAUUUCAGUCCUUUCCUCCUAGAGAAAUGAUUCCCCCCAUAUUUCUAGUUUAAUUUAGUCGUAGCUCCUUUAUCAUAUAUCCGAAUGUACACUUAAUUAACGACGUUCCACACUAAAUGUGUUCAAUACGUGCAUCACAAAGUGACAUACAUUGUCCCGGCCAGCUACUUACAUUGGGUGUAUGAUAGACACGCUCGUCCCCUCCCCUCCCAUUAUCUUUGUAAUGCUAGCUAGAUUAAAGUUAAUUGGUUCUCUUUGUGUCUUUAA